AUGGCAAAGAUAAUGAUUGGUGAGGAUGCAGGGAAGCAGCUUCUUAAAAUUCCUCUGUCAAACAAUACAAUAAGCAGGAGGAUUGAUGACAUAUCUGAGGACAUUAACAACCAGCUUAUAAAUAGUUUGAGACGAAAGGAGUUCGGAAUUCAAUUAGACGAGGCUACUGACAGUCACAAAGACGCUAAUUUAAUUUGCUACGUUAGGUAUGUGAAUGAAAACCAGUUGAUAGAAGAUUUGUUGUUUUGUAAGGAAAUUGAAGGAGGCACCUCUGGUAAAGAGUUGUUUGAUAUUGUUAACAAUUUUAUGGCGGAGAAUGAUAUUAACUGGGAAGACUGUGUUGGGGUGUGUACUGAUGGAGGCCGGUCAAUGUCAGGCCACUACCAAGGACUGCAAUCUCGCAUUCGGGAAAAGGCCCCAAACGCUGUUUGUACACACUGUAUUAUACACCGAGAAGCACUGGCAGCAGCAAAGUUCAGUUCAGAGUUAAGUGCAGUUAUAAAAACCGUGAUCCAAGUAAUAAAUUUUAUCAAAACAAGACCAAUGAAAGCCCGGUUUUUUUCUAAACUAUGUGAUGACACAGGCGCUCAACACUCGUCGCUUUUGUACUAUAGCAGUGCUCGAUGGCUAUCUCUGGGGAAUUCUCUGCUAAGAUUGUUUGAGCUGAGGCAAGAAAUCCACAUUUUUCUGAGUGAAGAUAAUAAUGCACUUGCUGAUAUGUUUAUUGAUGAAAGUUUUCUCCUUAAACUGGCGUUCCUGACAGAUAUUUUUGAACGUUUGAACAUUCUUAACAAGUCUUUGCAGGGGAACAAUACGGAUAUUUUUCAAUUGACCAGUAAAGUUGAAGCAUUCAAGAAGAAACUUGUGCUUUGGGAAAAAAGUUUGAAAAAUGGAGAUUGUUCGAUGUUUUCAACUUUGAAUCAGCUUCUUAAAGAAAACGAUCUUACUCUGAAAGAAGAAAUGAAAACAACGUUGACUCAGCACUUGUCUAGAGUACAAAGUUAUUUUGAAGACUACCUGCCAAAAGAUGAAAUCAAAGCGCAGCAGUGGGUAAACGACCCUUUUCAAACUGAAAUGCCUGAAAACUUCAGCAACGAAGAAGCAUAA